AUGGCAAUGAACACCCUCCCACCCGAGAUAUGGCUCCUCGUCAAGGACGCUAUCCCGCUCUCCGACAUGCGCACGCAUGUCUCUUUCUACCAGGCCGCGCCUAGCUUCGCUGCACUCUAUGACACGGUCGCCGACCCCGAUGCGUUCUGGGAGGACGUCUGCACGAUGUGCGCCAUCGGCAGGUUCCCGGACGAACACCCGUCCGUCCUCUCGUGGAAGGACAUCGCGGUGGAAUGCAUCACCGUCGACGGGUUCUGCGAGGGCUCGUCGAAGCACCCGUGCGGCGAGGUGCUCCUCCAGCGCAACCGUGACAUGAUGCGUGAAUGCGCCUUGCGCACUCACAAAGCGGCCGCUUCAGGCGAGACGACUGCUAUCGAGACCAACAAACUCUUGCGUCGGGACUACUACGGAGACUUGGCACCGGAAGCAGACAAGAAACUGCAUCCUUUGUGCGCGCGAAGCUAUGCCACGUUCCCCGGAAUAAAGCACUGUGUCGCCGAUGGCGACUGGGGUCGAGAGCUGCGAAGCUCGAAGCUCCAGAGCGACUACGCGAUCACCGUCCACGAUGUCCUGCGCGCCAUCCAAGCCGACAUCGCCGAGCCAUUGCGCGUGGGCGAGCUGCUGGAGUACCUGGAGGACCACGAACAUUGCGCCCUGCACGCGCUUUCAUACCGCGGCGUUCGGGGAACGCUUGAUCGGCUUCGCACUCUUGGCGACGUCUUGCAGACCUGCUACGUCAAGGAGGUCAAAGUCGUCGACUGCACCCAGCUGCAAAACGGGGCGUACAACAUCAUGUUUUACCUCAAGUAGAGGCUACAAGACUUGAGCCUUGCCAGGCUGUCGUUGUCGCAAAUCCCGCCUGUAAUCGAGCAGAAGGCCUUGUCUCGUCACCCGCUGUUCUCUAUACACGUCAACGCGAGGAUCAGCACGAGGGUAGCCGAAGCCUUCAGCAUCCGCAACAGUCGGCAUGGACUCCCCGUGGAAUCUCCGGCUGACAAGCACGUCCGUCAAGUGACGAGGGGCUUUCAUCCGGGGUUAUGCGGAUGUUGUAGAAGGCGGGAGGGUAUCCCAUCGCGUUUCUCACCGAGUGGCUAUACGCACAACAUCGUGUAUCUUGGUUAUCACCUCCCCACUCGCACUCGUGUAAUUUAUCUGUAUCUGAUCCUCGUUUCCCCUGCA